AACACAUCCAAUUUAUUUGGUUACAGAGAGAAUUUUAUAUAACUAAGAAAAAAAAAUUAUGUCACAUAAUUAUUCAUCAGAUUCAGAUGAUGAAAUCAUUUCAAAGGGGAAGAAGCUCUUUGGGAGGCAAAGAUCAAUCCAUGAUGUUCUAGGAGGAGGAAAAGUUGCAGAUGUUUUAUUAUGGAAAAACAUAAAUGUAUCAGCAGCACUUACAAUUGGGAUGAGUAUUAUAUGGUUUCUUUUUGAGGUGGUUGAAUACAACUUUGUCACUCUUCUAUGUCACAUUUCCAUCACCGCAAUGCUUGUUGUCUUCAUUUGGUGCACCCUUGCUGAUUUUUUCAAUUGGAGUCCUCCAAAGAUACCAAGAAGCAUAUUUGAUGGACAAGCAUUUCAAGAAUUUGGUUCUUCCUUCCAUGAAAGGUUCAAUCAAGCUUUGUCAAAGCUGCUUGACAUUGCAUAUGGAAAAGAUCCAGUACUCUUCAUUCUGACAAUUAUUUCUCUCUACAUAUUAUCGAUGAUCGGAGGCUAUUUCACUUUCUUGAAUUUUAUUUACUUCGGUUUUCUUUGCUUCCAAACACUCCCAUUUCUGUAUAACCGAUACGAAGCAGAAGUCGACGAGUUUGUUGGCAGGUUAUUCCGACAACUGAAGAAAACCUACCGAAGGUUUGAUUCGAACGUUCUUAACAAAAUACCAAGAGGUCCGGUGAAGGAAAAGGUCAAAUAAAUUACUAUUUAUG